AUGAUGGUGGAGAGAAACUCCUCUUUGGCUACACGAGAUGUUGAAGGAAUAUUAAGACAUUUCAAAGUUUCAUAUCCACCAUUCUAUGUGCAAUCUGCUUCCUCUGCACACAACAAGUUGCAGUACUUUCUCGAUGUUAGUCUUUACCAUGGCUGGAAUGACUAG